UCGGCAUUUUAAAAUGGCCGCCUACUAAAGCGUGAGAUUUCCUUUCUGCAUCAAGAUUGCAAUUUUUUUACGCUCGAUUCUCUGGUCCACUUUGAACGAUUCACAGGAACAAUGCCAUUGCCAGUGCAAGGUGGCUUCCAGAGGGGUCCCAGUUGCUGGGACCGCGUCAAGAUGGGCUUCACGAUAGGGUUCUGCGUGGGCAUGGCAUCUGGAGCCCUCUUUGGUGGCUUCUCAGCACUUAGGUACGGCUUGCGGGGAAGAGAACUCAUCCAGAGCGUGGGCAAAGUGAUGCUUCAGGGCGGCGGCACGUUUGGGACCUUCAUGUCCAUAGGAACGGCAAUACGGUGCUGAGCCAAUGACGGCAGCGACGCUGAGUUCUAGCGCUCUAGCGGCUGCCCAGCAAUCUGGAAUCUUUGUUCCUGCUGCAGCUUUCUUUUUUUCAUUUUGUAAUAAAAGAGCAGUUGUUGUUUAA